GUCACUUUGUACUUCUCUACUGCUACUCAUCAUCCUCUUUCCUUUCAAACCUGUAGAUCUGCACUGCUCUGUUAAUCAGGCCUAAUGACUGAGAGCCAAGGCCAAACCCCAACCAUGAACGAUGAUGGAUACCAAUAUGGACUCUUCUUGGAGCUUUUCAAUACCACCUAUGACAUGACAGAUCCCACUUAUGUGGUCAGUAAUGCUGUCCAGCUCUGUUCAAAAGAGGCUGUCAAUGAGUUUGCUGCAAGUGUUACACCUAUUUUCUACUAUGUCAACUUCCUGUUGAGUUACUUUGGCAAUGGACUUGUCCUCUUCAUCAUCUACAAGUAUGAGAAGCUUAACACAGCAACAAACAUCUUCCUCCUGAAUUUGGUCCUAUCCAACAUCCUGUUUGCCUCAAGUCUUCCCUUCUGGGCAAAAUACCACGUGUCUGAGUGGAUUUUUGGCUUGGCUCUGUGUAAGAUGGUCAGCAGCGCCUACUUCAUCGGUUUCUACAGCUCCAUCCUCUUCCUCACACUUAUGACGUUUGACCGAUAUCUCGCAGUGGUGCAUGCAGUGGCUGCUGCCAAGAGCAGGAAGAAGUCCUACGCCAUAAUUGCAUCAGUGAUGGUUUGGUGCGUCAGUAUUGCAGCAAGUGUGAAAGAGCUAGUUCUGCAAAAUGUGUGGAAGAGUCCGAUAAAUGGACUAAUGUGUGAAGAGUCAGGAUUUCCUGAGAGCACAAUGGAGCGCUGGCGCCUGGUCAGUUAUUACCAACAGUUCCUUCUUUUCUUCCUCCUGCCUCUGUUCAUGGUGAUGUUCUGCUACAUUAGCAUCGCUGUACGCAUCCUGUCCACCCGCAUGAAGGAAAAGUGUCGCGCCAUCAAACUCAUAUUUGUCAUUAUCUUCACCUUCUUUGCCUGCUGGACACCCUACAAUAUAGUCAUCCUCCUUCGAGCUAUUAAGAUCACCAGAAAGAGUGAGAAUGCUGACUCGUGUUCUGACAUGGAAAGCUUGGACUAUGCGCUGUAUUUGACCCGAAACAUAGCAUAUUUGUAUUGUUGCAUUAGUCCUAUGUUUUACACUUUUCUGGGAAAGAAGUUCCAGAGUCACUUCAGGAGGCUAAUAACAAAGAAGAUACCUUGUCUGAAGAGACACAUGAGCAUAAGCAGCCAGAGCACAAGAACCACAUCACAGAGGACACCACACUCUGCUCAUGAGUACUAGAUGAAGGGAUCAAUAAACCAACGAGCACACACACGUAUAGAAAAAGUCAUGAUUAUUUUUUGUUACUCAACUUCUUUUCUUUUAAUUUUUUUGGGGGAUUUUUGUGCCUUUAUUAGAGAGAUAGGACAGUGGAUAGAGUUGGAAAUCAGGAAGAGAGAGAGUGGGCAAUGACAUGCGUAAAAGGAGCCACAGGCUGGACUUGAACCUGGGCCGCCCACCUGGAGGACCACAGCCUCCACAAAUGGGGUGUGCACCAACCACCGCGCCACCAGCGCCCCUCAAAUAUUUUAUUUUACAAAAAACAAUUUUUGUCGACUUACAUGCAGAAAUGGGAAGCAUUGAUAUUUCAAUGAGUAUGAAUAAUUUGUUUGAAACGCUGCUUUGCCUUUUCAUUGUGUCUGCUUUAUCAUGCAGGUAUAAACUGCUGGAUGCAUCAAAAACUUAAUGUUACAUCCUGCUGUAGUCUGUAGCUGUUAAAUAAUAACAAAUGAAUCAGUUACAUUGUGUUCCAUACACAAACUGGAGUUCCCAAACGCUCCCUGUUUGUUGUUUUCUUUGACUGACUCUGAUUCUCUCACACACAUCUAAAGGAACAGUUUCUGUUACACGUUCAGCUUCAACAAGGGGAAAAUUAAAAAGGAAAAUAUUGUUUUUGUAGAUUAGAGCAAACUUGUUGGGACAGAAAGAUUUUAAUGUUGUGUUUGUAACAUUGAAGUGAUAUGUUGGGGGGCGGGGUAAAACUGUUAUUGAAAUCAUGCAGCUUUUUUAUUUUACAGUCUGUUGUACGAUUUAAAAUUUUUUCUUCCUAAAUAAAAAACAUUUUUUAAAUGUAA